UUUUGGAGAAAAAAACAACAAUGUGACUUCAGAAGAGAAAAAACUAUCAGAUUGUUGCAAGAAGCAGAAUAUAGAUCAAAUUGAUAAGAACAAAAUUAAAUUCAAAAUUGAAUCAUGCCCUAUAGAAAAUCUCAAGAAAAUCCACACAAACGCAACUUCACAGUACAGGAUUUAA